GCCUUCUGUGGCCUGAAGGAGCAUGUGACUUUGGUCAUCACAAUGACAGCAACACCCAUCACAACAAAAGCUCAGGAUUUAUAUAUUAUGGGACAAUGGAUGGGGAUCCCCAGCUUUGACAACCAUAAUGAGUUCCUGGAGCUCAACAAGGAAAUCAAUUGUGCCAACUGCCAGGACUUGAAGGUGUUGUGUGAGGCAGGCAUCAAAGGAAGUAUCAUUCACAGCAUCUUCAUCAGCAUCCACAAUCAAAACACACCAAACCUAUUGUCUCCAGAGGUUACUUGUGAGUGGAUGGUGAAGAUAUGCGAUCAGUUUGUGCAUAAUGUCAUUUGUCAGACAAUCAAUUCUGUGGACCACACUGACAACAUGCUGUUUGGCUUGAAGCUGUAUAUAGAACAUACCCUCAAGCUACAAAUGUAUGACAAUGAGAUGGGAGCACUAAGGAGUUUUGCCAAGGAUUUGGUCAUAGAAGAUCCCAUUAAUUUCUACAUUGAAUUCCAGCACUCUAUGCUACAUCCUAUGCUUAACCCAAAGAACAGUGGUCAUUGGAAGAAGCCACACUCACUCACUCAUUGGCAGGAGAAGACAAUCAAAUUGGAUACCCUUGCACAGGUCAUUCACAACCACCUUGAUUCAAAUGGCCAUGUGCCCUUGAUGAUGACUGAGGAUGGUCAAACCCUCACCCUAGCUCCAGAUUGCUUGCAGGACAUGACUGACUAUGGUGAGGAUGACAGAGUCAUCAUGUACUCUGCCUUCCCAUUGUCCAAUCAGGCUUUGAUCAAUAUUCUGGAUUUGUAUGGCAUCACUGCUACCAAGCUGAAUGGGAUGAUGUUGCUGAAGAAGCACCAGGUAGUGCUCGAUGAUUUCCAUACUUUGACACACAUGAAAGGACAUUGCAUCCUCAUCAUCUCAAAUGUUGGAAUGGUUGGCUUGAACAUGGCAUGUGCCAAUGUCAUGGUGAUUGUGGACACAACAUGGUCUGUGGUUGAUGAUGAGCAGUUGCAAGGCAGAAUUUUCCACUAUCCACAACAGAAGCAAGUGCACAUCUACCAGCUCAUUGUGCUCAGCACACCCAUUGUCUUCUUAAACAACAUCUCAUUUGACAAAGGGCAACUCCACUCCACUUUCAAGGAUGACAGUUUGGGUAGUGACAGUUUACUGUCAAUUUCCUCAACUCAAUCUGAUGGUGGCAACAUCAACCUAGAUGGUGAUGACAGUGGCACACAGAUGAAGAAAUUGCACAGUAAACCCAUUCCAAAACAGCAUCAGACAACUGCUGGUCAGGGGAAAGGGAAACAUUGCCAGGUGGAACUAUCCAAAAAUGAAGGUGAGGAGAACACAGCAUCAUCAAUGGACAUUGACCUGCUGGAGAGCAAGCCACACAGUAAGAAGCAGCCCCAUCAACAUGAGAAACAUGGCCCAGGCAGUUCACCCAAGGGUGCUGACAAGCAGCACAAGCACAAGUGUGGCAGCACUGUUGCUGCUGCAACAAAUGAGGUGACAUCACUCAUGCAUGCCACAGCAGUGAUGCAUGUACAGGAACAACUGGAACUGGUGACUUCACAUGUCAGUAAGGACUCUCCAAUGGUACCCCCAUUGGAUGAAAUCAUGGAACAAAUCCAGGCCCCAAGUGGUCAAAAUGACCUCGAUGAGGAUGAGGCAGCAUAA